CGGUGGAGCACUCGCCACGGAAAGGGUGUUAAAACAAUUUCAGGCUUGCGAAUUCAUCCAGCAGAAACUUGUCCACGCCAAGGGAGCAGCCAUAGCAUGAGGGAUCAAGUCAGACAUGGAUAAAUAUGAGAAGGUGAAGAAGAUUGGGGAGGGCUCUUUUGGAAAAGCCAUCUUGGUCAGGUCCAGGGAAGAUGGCCACCAGUAUGUCAUCAAGGAGAUCGGCAUCUCCAGGAUGUCUAAUAAAGAGAGACAGGAGUCACGCAAAGAAGUGGCAGUCUUGGCUAACAUGAGCCACCCCAACAUUGUGCAGUACAAGGAAUCUUUUGAAGAGAAUGGUUGUUUGUAUAUAAUAAUGGAUUAUUGUGAGGGAGGUGACCUGUUUAAGAAGAUCAACAAUCAGAAAGGGAUUCUGUUCUCUGAGGAGCAGAUACUUGACUGGUUCGUGCAGAUAUGCCUGGCUCUAAAACAUGUACAUGACCACAAGAUCCUGCACAGAGAUAUUAAGUCACAGAAUAUUUUCCUUUCCAAGGACGGUACAAUACAGCUUGGGGACUUUGGGAUCGCUCGAGUUUUAAAUAGUACGGAGGAGUUGGCCAGGACCUGCAUUGGAACACCCUACUAUCUUUCCCCUGAGAUAUGUGAAAAUAAACCAUACAACAACAAAAGUGAUAUUUGGGCGUUGGGGUGUGUCCUGUAUGAAAUGUGCACACUUAAGCAUGCCUUCGAGGCUGGGAAUAUGAAGAACCUGGUGCUGAAGAUCAUCCGUGGCUCGUACCCACCCGUGUCUGUGCACUACUCUCAGGACCUGCGCACUCUGUUGGGCCAGCUGUUCAGGCGCAACCCUCGGGAGAGACCAUCUGUCUCUGCCAUACUGGACAAGCCGUUCCUCACCCGCAGAAUCAACAGAUUCCUCUCUCCACAGCUUAUUGCUCAGGAAUUCAGCACAUCUCUUCUGCUCAAACAGCCCAAUGUGAGUGAGGACCCAGUUGUACCAGCCAAACGUCCUGUACCUUGCCCUGCCCACAUCAGCUCUGCCCAGAAGAUCACCAAACCAGCUGCCAAAUACGGAGUGCCUUUAACAGUGAAGAGACCUGCUGACAUGGGCAGAAAGGCAGCUGAUGUAGCCAAGAAACCAGCGGACAGAAAGCCUGGAGUCAAACUCAAGCAGGCUCCCCCUCCAGCAGCAGUUCAGAGGAGAAUGAGUCGAAUGGAGGAGGAGGAGAGGAGGAAGCACGAGGAGGGAGUGAGGAAGAAGCGGCUUGAAAUAAUGGAGAGAGAGAGGAAACAGAGAGAGCAGCAGAUGUUUGUCCUGAAAGCUGCUCAGAUGAAAAGAUUUGAGAGGGAAAAGCUUAAUCGGAUCAAUCGUGCACGGGAGCAAGGCUGGAGGCAUGUUCUGAGCUCCAGUGGUGGUAGCAGCCCAGAGAGGAAGUUUUAUGGGGGCGGAGGCAUGGGAGCCCCUCCUCCCCCUCCACCUGCCCCUGUUCCUGCCCCUGUCCACAUUCAACCUCCACUGCCAGGACCAACCCCUGCUCCUAAAGAAGUAGCCAGAGCUUCAGCGGAUAACAGUCCAGCAACGGUGGCAGGAGACCCUAGAGUGCUGAACGGUCACGUCUGUCUGCCACAUUUGGAUUCUGUCAACAAGGGGACACGGAGGACCAGUCUCCAGAACGAGACUGCGUCCAAAAACGACUAUGCCCACAGGUUGCGGGCGCAGCUGGCAGCAGAGAAGGCCAAACAGGUGGAGGAGUUCCUGCAGCGGAAACGAGAAGCCAUGCUCAAUAAAGUUCGUGCUGAAGGCCAGCUGGGGGCCCGGCAAAACCUGGCCGCCAUCUUUGUGAGUCGGACAAACUCCUCGCGAUGCAGGAGACCCAGGGUCAACAAAGAGGAGGAGGAGUACCUGUCCCGGCUGAGGCAGAUCAGAUUGCAGAACUUUAAUGAGCGUCAGCAGAUCAAAGCUCGCCUCAGAGGAGAAAAGCAAGACGGUGAGUGCCCAGACAGUAAGGAAUCCUUUGAGGAGCUGGAGCUCAGGAGGAAAAAGAUUGAAGCUCUGAAGGCCCAGUCCAAGGCCCGUGCAGCUGUGCUGAAAGAGCAGCUGGAGAAGAAAAGGAGGGAAGCGUAUGAGCGGGAGAAGAGAGCCUGGGAAGAUCAUCUUGUGGCUCGAGGUGUGAAGGUUGCUAUAGCUCCUGCAAGUGGAGUUGCACCUGCUGCAGCUCCUCUCCCCACCCCACCACCUCAGCCCAACCUCACCCCACAGGACGCUGUCACUAAAGCCUCGCUGUCCUGUAGACCCACCACUCCAGCCAUCUCCAUGACGGCAGCACUGAAAGAUGUGGGCGCGAUUGUGUCUGGACAGAAUUCCCCGACAAAGGAGGCAAUCCCAAAUUUCGACACAGCAGCUGUUCAGAGUGAGAGGAAGGAGAUUCUGCGCAGGCUGAAUCAGAACCUGAAGACUCAGAUUUCUGAAGCAGAGAAUGUUGGAGAGGCGACGCCAACCAGUGUGCCUCAACCUGCCCCUCAGACCAGUCUGCCAGUCAUGGAGGAGAGACCACCAUCUGGAGCUGAUAGGCGCAGGUGGGAGGCCGGAGCUCAGCCCAUACUGCCUGUAACACAGCAGACUCUGGUGGACACCUGUAGCAGUACAGAAGUGUCUCAGUCAGUGUCUCCAGAGGCGAUUGCUCCCAAUGGUGGUGAUAGAAAGAGGUGGCAGGCAGAAGCAGCUCCUCUGUCUGUGGCUCACCAGACUCUAGACGAGACCAUUCUCAGUACAGCAGAACAGACAGUAGGUGAGGUCAUUCCUAUGGAGCCCUGGAAGGGGGAGGGACUUAUGAAAGCAUGGGGCCCGCCUCCAGUUUUGGAGGUUCUGAAAGUAUUAGGGGAGGAGGUGGAGCUUCAGCCAGUCACCCAGGGCCUGAGUCAUGCCAGCAUCUGUGACAACACACUUACCAAAAGCCUUAAACCUACGGUUGAGCCUUCAAAUGAAACUGAUUCAUCAAUACUGGGCCCUUCCCCUCAGCCAAUUCAAUCUGCCAUUGACCAGAACCAAGAAAGCAGAGAUUUUAUUGGAAAGAAUGAAAGUCAGCUAACUGCCAUAUGCUUAGAACUUGAACAGCAAUCUGAAUAUGAGAAGACUGUGUCAGAAGCAGAGGAGGACAGAAGUUGUGAACAAAUUGCAGGCUCAACAGAGAAUUUUCUAAAUCCUAUUCCUGGUGAAAAAGAGACUGAGGGAGCAGAUGAGGUUGAUUCUUUGGUCCUGGAGGAGGGCCCUCUGGUGGCCUCCAAGCCCCCAGCUAGAGUGAUGCAUGCAUGGGAACAGGAAACUUUGCAGCCUCGGCCAGGUGGGGGCAGUGUAAUACUGGAAGCGCAACAAAAAGAAGAGGACAGGGGUAAUGAAGCAAAGCAGGCUGAGCUCACAGAGGCAGCUUUUGUGAAGGUGAGCUGCAGUCCUGUGCACCGCCUCACAGUGGCGCUCUCUGUGCUCUCUGCCCAGUCCUCGGUAGAGGACUCCUCGUCCUCUCUGGCCUCCCGCUCCCGGUCCGUGUCACCGCUGCGCUCCCGCCGCACCAACGAUGCUCUCCUCAUCGGCCUCUUCAAUGGCUUCUUUGACGCCAACAACCCCAAGAUGCUGAGGACUUGCUCUCUGCCGGAUCUCGGCAAACUCUUCAGUGCCUCAGAACCAGAUGGUGCUUCUGCCCAUGACAAUAAUUUGGAGAUGGAGGAUCUGGAGGACAAAGAGGAUGAGCCGUCUGAGACUGAAGAUAUAUAUGAGGAUGAGGAUCUGAGGGAGCUCAGGGCCUCUAUGGAGAGACUGCUCCAUCAGCGCCAUAGCAACGAUGCCUCCGACGAAGACGUCGCUGGUUCUAAUGGCAGCCCCGGCGACGAAGACGAACGCAGGCUGUCCAGUGCCAUCUGCAUCCAUGCUGAGGAUGAGGUUGCCAGCGGCAAUGGGAGUGAGGCGGGGCUGCUGCUCAGUAAUGGCCUCACAGCUGAGGAAGAGGAGGAGCAGAGCAGCGAGAGGCAGCUGAAUGAAGAAUGGCAUUCGGAUGGUAGUGAGGAAGAGGAGGCAAGUGAUUCAGAGCAGCAGGACAGUAUCUUCAGCCGUCUGGAAGAGCUGCGUUUCCAUCUGGAGCAGGCCAUGGGUUUCGAGCACUUCAUUGAGGCCUACAACAAGAUUAAGGCCAUCCAUGAAGAUGAAGAUGAGAACAUCGAUAUGGGCUCCAGCAUGGUGCAAAGCAUAUUGGGACAUGAGCACCAGCACCUGUAUCCCAAGAUCCUCCACUUAGUCAUGGCAGAUGGAGCGUACCAAGAAGAUAAUGAUGAAUGAGGCAUUCCUCUGGGCUGCCUUGGACAAUCUGCUUGGCAGACUGAAGUCUUCCCAUAAUGCUAUGCAUGAAGCCGAGAGUGUGCAUGCAGCGAGUGGGGGUGCUGGGCUUGCGGACACGUGGCCUAGUUUGGAGCUCACAGAUGACCAUCUACUUCCAUGGCCAGCAUCUAUAGCACUUCUGUGUAAAUUAGAUUUGUUUGAAAAAUAAUAUAAUGUUUAUUUAACCAAAGCCCAAGUUGGUAACAAAAAAGGGGUAGUGGCAGAGAGAGUGAGAAAAUGUGUGUUUCUGUUGACAGGUUGUGUGCGAUCACGUCUCACUAUACUGUAUUUACAAAUAACUGACGGCAUGGUGAUACGAAGGUUAGGGCUCCAUUAUUUGUCCAGUGUCAGGUGCUUACUUAUAACAAGAGGCAGAGCUCAGCCAAAUAUCUGCCUUGUAAGAAACCAGUGUAACAUUUAUAUUGGUCUAUUCACACACAACCACACACACACCUCUCUUUCUACUUUUUACAGAAAGGAAAAUCUUUUACGGAAGGCAUGCCAAAUCUGUGCAUUAGAACUCCUUCCAUGUUUCCUGUGUUCAAGAAACUCAGUUUAGUCACGCGGAAAGCCUGGGCAGAUGUUGCUGUGAGCCUGUUCACAUUGCUCAUUAAGAGCAGCCACAUAGAGUAUGCAUUGACUGACUGUAUUUCUGAAGUUUUAGAAUGUUUGAGUACCUUGUGCAUGCUUUAUACAUGCCUUAUGCUGUUGCACUUCUUUUGUGAUGUAAAUGGAAUGAUGUCAUUGUAGCAGCUACUACUAUGAUGUACAGAAUACUGUCAAAAAGAGUACAGGAAGGGGCAAAUAAAAGUUGUAUCUUUGUAUUCAUAAAUAAAUACUUUUUUUGUUA